ACACACACACAGCACCUUCACACUGAGGAUGCAGGGAUCUUCUUCUUCUUUUCCCUCUUCACUUUAAUCUGAGGUUAAGAAGUGUUGCUUUUUUCUUCUUCUUCUUCAUUUCUUCGCCUCGCUGCAGCAUGAGCGCUGAAUGCAGCAGUUACUACAGCGCUGACGGUGUCUUUGUGGAAGGAUUCUCGUGCCCCAGACCGGGCAACGCUGUUGCUGCUGUGUACUGCUGCGGAUUUAACGAUGUCAAGUACUGCUGUGAUGAUCCCAACAGUUUCUUUCCGUAUGAGUAUGGAUACAUGUGGUGGCUGAGUAUCGGCGCUCUGGUUGGUCUGUCCAUUGCCGCGGUGGUCCUCCUUGCCUUCCUCAUCACCGUAUGUGUCCUCUGCUACCUCUUUAUCGCCACCAAACCCAGUCGUCUUGACAAUGGCCUGCCCCUCAGAGCGCCAGAAGGAGAUCCUAGUGAGGGAUCCAGUCAUGUGAGAGUCACCUGUGUCUCUGGCCCGCAGGGAUUCAGAAAACACUUCAUGAGCCGAAAACUGGACUGCGAUAACCAGCCGCCAGACCCCGAGCUCCUGUUCCAGAGAUGUUUCACAGCUACCGUCACGGGCAUGAAAGCGGAAACUCCUUCACAGGCCUCGGAGAGACUUCUUGUUAAAAAAAGGGACCAGCAGUCCAGGGAUCAAGAGAGUCAGUGAAUCUGGAGACAGACUGUGCUGCCAGGGGACGACUAGGAUGCUUGGAGGAACAGCAGCUGACAUAAUGUGGUGUGCAUGGAAGUAAUUAUCAAAUAAUGAGGAAAAAGAACAACCCUGAAUGCUUUAGAUCAAACUUAAGUGUUCUCAGUUAAGGUGUUAAAAGCCUUGAAUGAAUUAUUCCACACAUUAAAUUUCUCUCCUCCUGCAUAAAUAAGUGUUUCAGCACCUAACAACAGUAACUGAGAGCUUAUGGAUGGAAAUUAAUUAUCCACCAUGUUCUCGGAAGAGAAUGUUUAUAAGUGGCCUCAAGAAAGCCAAAGACUUGUUGAAUUAUUAUUACAUGUUAGGUCAACCCCUGGGGACAUAGGCCGAGUGUAGUGAUCCAGGAUGUACAGUUUUAUGUGUGUCUAGGAAACAUGCCGAAGAUGUGGCUUAUAGCAGGAAAAAGAGCCUGAUACACCAAGACAACAGCAGAGUCUGGACAGCCUGGCUGUGAAGUCAGGGUGCUGUAGACUUGUAGCCACACCUGCUACAUUUAACUCAGGGACUGAGAGAUUUGUGGGAAAGAUCUACAGUGUCAUGAGACCUGAGAAAUGACAGCGCUGGUUAUAUGUUUAAAUGCUUAACAAGACUUAUGUUUACGUUUUCCUGACCUCUUGCUGUUGUGCAAGCUUUGACUCAAGGUUAGGGUCAACAUCUGUUUCCUACCAACAGUCAGAGCUGGGGUUUUUUUAAACCAUGACCAAUUUCAGUCAGAGACACAUCAAGGAAUGGAUUUUUUAAAUGAUUUUUUUGGGGCAUUUUUGCUUUUAAUAGACGGCUGUCAGUGAGGAGACGGACAGGAAACAGAGAGUGGUAUGACAAAGAGCUGGAAUCAAACCAGGGAUGUUUUGGCCAGUUUUGUGAUAAGCAGCUUACAGGGACAGUUCACCCUAAAAUCAAAAAACAUAUUUUUCCUCUUACAGUAUUUUGGUGUGAGUUGAGUGUUGUGCUAGCUCACCUAGCACCAGUCACAGUCACAUAAUGACGUUUGGUCAUGGACUUUCCACUUCCACAUACAACUUUCAAAAUAAACAUAUGUUUUCACAGGGUAUUUAACAUUGACAUACAGUCUCUUUCAAAAUAAACACAUGUUCAACAACCAACAACAACCAAUGUUCAAGGUUGGGUUUAGGCAACAAAAGCACGUGGUUAGGUUUUGGAAAAAAGAUCAGGGUUUGGCUUUAGAAUCUUACAGGACGCGAACACCACUCUCUCGGGUGGAAGUUGGUGUUUGUUGGACCCAUCCACCACCCCUCAUUCCUGCCCCAGUCGGAUUUUUGCUGCCUUAACGUUCGUUCUUGUCCCGCUGAGUUUCCCCCUGACGCCGCCGGGCGUCGUUAAACUAUAACGGCAACUGGUCAUGUAUCAUGCCGACGUUUUAAGACAGCUUUUUCUGUUGGUUUCUGAUGGCACAAGUCACUACCCAAGCGUUGGAUUUCGACAACUUUGGAGUGAGACCAGGCUCUCCAAAGCCGAGGAGCAGGAGCUGAAAACGCUCUGUCACCCUUCGUCUUUAACCUGGACUCUGGAACAGUUGGAAGACCCAGACUAGCAGACCUGAGGGGCCUGUUUGGGCAGUACGGUGUGAGAAGCUCAGUUAUAUACUCCAAUCAUUGAGAGCCUUGUAUUUAAUGUAAUUGAUUAAGAACUUUAAAAUGGAUUCUAAAAGAGAUUUGAGGCCAAUGCAGGAAAGCCAAAACAGGUGUGUUUUGUUUUGGUCAAAAGUCUAGCUGCUGAAUUCUGAACAUUAAUGUUUACAUCUCGCGCUGUCACGAGCACAAGCCUCUCGUCUCUAAGUAGAUGUACACUUCCUUCAGUGCGGUGCUGCUCAGUAGAAAGAAGAUAGUUCCUACAUGAAACUUCUCACGACAAGGUCUGUAGAUAACCAGGUCAUGAUUUCUGGAAAGAGACAUUGCUGUUGAGUUUUUCAAAUGUAUAUUUUUGGCACUUUGAGCACCACAAGCAGAGUGCCAUCUAGCUCCAUAAUAUUGGAGAGAAGGCAGACAUCUCUACAGCUGAUAAGUCCAAUACUCAGCAGCUCACACUGAAACAAUCUAGACUGAUAGCACUACAGUUAAGAGGAACACCGGCUGCUUAUCGGCACCUUUUCCUGCUGGCUUUCGCCAGCUAGUUGUGUUUUCUGUUUGUUCAUGUCAUGUGAUUUUGUGGUUGUCUGUGUGAUUUUGUGGUUGUUUGCAAUUGUGAAGCGACCUUGGGUUUCUUGAAAGGCGCUAUAUAAAAUUGAUUUAUUAUUAUUAUUAUAUUAACAAUUUGUAUUUUUGAUUCUGGGGUGAACUGUUCCUUUAACUACUGACCACUUUAAACACAUGGUUAUACACUGAGAUUUGCUUUUUAAUUGUGCUCUCAAGAUAAUCGGAGUCACAGCAAGGACGCUGCUGAGAGAAUAACAAACACACCCAUACACACUCAAUCUUAAUUAAAUCAACAAUACCAAAAUUAUAGCACAUGAGUAGGAGGUUGGGGCGGAGGAGGGAGCUGCAGCAGCAGCAGAGUAACAGUGAUGGAAGCUAAGUCAUAAUGGUCCCUCUACACCUGCAUGAAUAUGACUGGAUGUUAACAGUCAGCUGAUAGCCAGUGAUUGUGCAGCAGAAUGAAGCAGCUGAUACCAAUCAGCUAACACAAGUGCUACUUCACCGCUCUGCCUGAACUAACGCAGUGCUUCAGUAGAUUUAGUUACUUGAACUAACCAAAUAUUAGACCGCAUUUGGACCGACUUCAGCUGUGCAAAAACCCAGUCUG